CAUUUUUUGAAGUCUGCCGGUUGUGACGAAUGGCCGAUGAGAUCGAGUACGAGGGACUGGGGAAUGCCAGCCUUGGCAUCAACAUGCUCGCAGGAGCACUCGCAGGCAUUUCGGAGCAUGCCGUCAUGUUUCCAGUCGAUGUCGUCAAAACCAGGAUGCAGGUCUACUCCACCUCGCCGGCGGCGGUCUACACUGGCGUCGCAGAGGCAUUCUCUAGGAUAUCAGCUACAGAGGGUGGCAGACGGUUAUGGAGAGGCGUCGCAUCGGUUAUAGCAGGCGCAGGUCCCGCGCACGCAGUCUACUUUGGCGUCUACGAGCUCGCCAAGGAGCUGGGCGGCGGCAAUGCAGAGGGCAAUCACUUUGCAGUCACAGCCGGCGCAGGAGCACUGGCGACGAUAGGCUCAGACGCAUUGAUGAAUCCGUUCGAUGUGGUCAAGCAAAGGAUGCAAAUACACGGAUCGACUUAUAGAACCGUGCCCGACACGUUUCGGAGGAUCUACCGAGCCGAAGGGAUAUCAGCCUUCUAUGCCUCGCUACCGACGACGUUGCUCAUGACGAUACCCUUUACCGCGACUCAGUUCACGGUGUACGAAUAUCUCAAGAAGCUCAUGAACCCGAAUAAUUCCUAUUCGCCGAUAACUCACAUCACCGCUGGCGGUAUAGCUGGCGGUGUGGCAGCGGCCGUCACGACACCGCUAGAUGUCUGCAAGACAAUGCUACAAACAAGGGGAAGCUCCCAGGACGCAGUACUUAGAAAUGUCAAUGGGAUGUUACAAGCCGGUCGCAUCGUCCUCGCCAGGGACGGCGUCGCCGGCUUCAGUAGAGGCAUGACACCGAGAGUCAUGUCGGCACUACCGAGCAAUGCGCUCUGCUGGUUUUCUUACGAGGCAUUCAAAAUGCUCUUGCACAAGAACAACAAGGCUGCCUCUGCAGGAUCUGUACUGUAACUGCAUACUCGCAUCUGGAGAUAUGGCACUGUCGCUCGCGAGGCUCAUAAGACGCCCUUUGUACUCGGAACGUCGUCUGCGCCUGUCAAUUCUACCGCUUGCCGCAGCGCGAGCGCGGUCGCUUUGAAUGCGCUCUCUGCUUUGUGAUGAUCGUUUGAGCCAUGCAAAACGUGCACGUGCAAUGUGAUGCCGGCCGUCAUCGCAAACGAGUGAAAGACGUGCGGUAUCAUCUCUGUCGAGAGAUCCCCAAUCU